UGGUUUAUGGAGCUAAAACGCGAAAGUCAAGCUAGCUAACAGGAGGCCAAGGUUUGCUGACGUGAUAGUGCAAGCUAAAAACAAACUUGAAGCUGAAAGUCUCCCAAUCGAUUGCUAGUGUGCUAACUGCAGAGUAUCAGCAGACAAACCAAAAUGAGUCUGGAUAAAGCAAAGCUAUGCGAUUCGUUACUAAAUUGGCUACAGACAUUUCAGGUGCCCUCAUGCACCAGCAAGCAGGACUUGACAAGCGGAGUGGCUAUUGCACACGUUCUACACAGGAUAGACCCCUCCUGGUUUAAUGAGGCAUGGCUGGGCAGGAUCAAGGAGGAGAGUGGGGACAACUGGCGCCUCAAGGUCAGCAACCUGAAGAAGAUUCUUCAGAGCAUGCUUGAGUACUACCAUGAUGUGCUUGGCCACCAGGUAGCAGACAAGCACCUGCCAGACAUCAAUCUGAUUGGGGAGUUUGGAGAUGUGACUGAACUUGGCAAGCUGGUUCAGCUGGUGCUUGGCUGUGCUGUCAGCUGUGAGAAGAAGCAAGAGCAAAUCCAGCAGAUUAUGACCCUGGAGGAGUCCGUCCAGCACGUCGUCAUGACAGCCAUACAGGAGCUCCUAGCUAAAGAGCCAACUGUUCCAGGAAGUCCUGAGACCUAUGGGGACUUUGACUACCAGUCCAGGAAGUAUUAUUUUCUCAGCGAGGAGGUGGAAGCGAAGGAGGAUCUGGGCCAGCGCUGUCGGGACCUGGAGCACCAGUUGGCAGCCGUCCUGGAGGAGAAGUCGUCCCUGCAGGUGGAGACACAUUCCCUUAGGGAGAAGCUCAGCCGCUGUGAGCCACAGGACGCUUCCACCACCAUCACUGGCAAGAAGCUGCUGCUACUACAGAGCCAGAUGGAGCAGCUACAAGAGGAGAACUACAGACUAGAGAACAGCCGAGAUGACAUGCGUGUGCGAGGGGAGAUCCUGGAGCGUGAGGUUUUGGACAUCACUCACCGCAACGAGGAGCUGACCAGCCUCGCCCAGGAGGCCCAGACCCUCAAAGAUGAGAUGGACAUCCUCCGGCACUCGUCUGACCGGGUGAGCCGGCUGGAGGCACUGGUGGAGAUGUACAAGCGUAAGCUGGAGGACCUGGGGGACCUGCGCAGACAGGUGCGUCUGCUGGAGGAGCGCAACACUGUCUACAUGCAGCGCACAUGCGAGCUGGAGGAGGAGCUACGCAGGGCCAACUCAGUCCGCACCCAGCUGGACACAUACAAGAGACAGGUCCAUGAGCUUCACACCAAGCAUUCAUCAGAGGCACUGAAGGCUGAGAAGUGGCAGUUUGAGUACAAUAACCUUCACGACAAGUAUGAUGCCCUGCUCAAGGAGAAAGAGCGUUUGAUCUCAGAGCGAGACACACUGCGGGAAACCAAUGAUGAGCUCAGGUGUGCACAGGUCCAACAGAAGGGCCUCAAUCAACCAGGUGGAUUAUGUGAGGACUCUGGCACAUUGGGAAACCUGGCCUCUGAGAUGAUGCCCACAGAGUUCAAGGAGACAGUGGUGCGUCUGCAGAGUGAGAACAAGAUGCUGUGUGUCCAGGAGGAGAGCUACAGACAGAGACUGGUGGAGGUACAGGGUCAGCUGGAGGAGUCUCAACGCAGCCAGAACACCCUGGAGACACAGAACAGGUUGAACCAGCAGCAGAUCUCUGAGCUGCGGUCCCAGGUGGAGGAUCUCCAGAAGGCUCUUCAGGAGCAGGGCAGCAAGGCUGAGGAUGCCAUCUCCUCCUUACUGAAGAAGAAGCUUGAGGAGCACCUGGAGAAGCUCCAUGAGGCCCACUCAGACCUGCAGAAGAAGAGAGAGGUCAUUGAUGACCUGGAGCCCAAAGCGGACGGCAACAUGGCGAAGAAGAUCGAUGAGCUGCAGGAGAUCCUGAAGAAGAAGGAUGAGGACAUGAAGCUGAUGGAGGACCGCUACAAGCGCUAUGUGGAGAAGGCCAGGACGGUGAUCAAGACUCUGGACCCCAAGCAGCCGCCUCUGACUGUGUCCCCUGACGUCCAGGCCCUCAAGAACCAGUUGACUGAGAGAGACCGGAAGAUCCAGCACCUGGAGCAUGACUAUGAGAAGAGCAGGUCCAGACAUGACCAGGAGGAGAAACUCAUCAUAAGUGCCUGGUACAACAUGGGUAUGGCCCUGCAUCAGAAGGUGGUGGGGGAGCGGUCGGGUCCGUCCAACCAGGCCCAGUCCUUUCUGGCCCAGCAGAGGCAGUCCACCCACGCCAGGAGAGGCCUGGCAGCCCGCCACCAGCCCAGAUAAGACAUAUCCACCCUGGGGGAGAAUGUGCUGAGGAGAGUGGAGAUGAGGAAUGUAAAGGAGGCAAGACAUUGUCUAUAUCUGAGUGUUCAUUUCUUCUGUACUCCUACUCUCACUGCUCUGAUGCCUUUAUGUCUCCUCUGGGUGUUUUGUGAAGAUUGCUGCUGCUGCCCCCUACUGGUCAUUUCUGGUACAGGAUGUUCUGGAGCGUCAGCGAUUCAGAGCUACUUACUGCACCUUCAAGUGCAUUCAAAGCUGUCAGGACUCAUUUGAACAAAGAUGAGAGAAAUGGGUCUAAAUGAGAGCUGGAAUGAAGGAACAUGAAGUGGAUAGAAAAGCUGAGCAACUAAUCCUUUGUCAUAGAUUUCUUAGACAAUGUUUUUAGCUAUAAUGUAUUAUGUUUUCUAAAGGUUUAGAUUAGGACAUUAUGAGAAUCAAUGCUUUAGAAGGCCACAGUGAUGACGAAGAUGGAAAGGGAUGAUUUAUGCUGUCAAUAGGGUAGGGGUCUUUACCUUCCCCUCCUACUACUUUUGAUAUAUUUUCACCCUUAUUGUCCGGUCCACUGUCAGGCUAAAUAGAUAUUAUCCUCUUACUGCGACUAUGACAUGGAAACACUAAUAAGAGAUGCCUAUGGGUUGAGAUCAUGGUGAAUUUGUACUAUUUGUAUUCAUUUGUGCCCAUGUCAUUUGGAUAUUGUGGCUUGUGCUGUGUCUCUGACACUUUUAAAUGUACAUGGUGAGAGAGACUGGUGAAGCGCUAGAACAGGGGUGUCAUCUGAAUCUGGAUUAAUUUUAAAAAACUCAAUAUACUUUUAAAUGGCUAAAACCAAAUUUGAAACUGUAGAAAUGAUAAUGGACCUACAUUCAUAUAGUUUCUUGACUGUCCAGCUCGCUAAUAAUCACCUAAAUGAAAGCUAGACAGUGGGGGAGCAUCACAUUCCAAAAACAAGGAUGGAGGACAAACCUUUGCGCAUUUUGAUGGAGAGGAAAUGUUGUUGAAGACCGACUGCGUCCCCGGGGCAAAAUGAGUUUGUCACCCCUGAUCUAGAAGAGCUCAAUAAUACCUCUACGAUAUAAAGGAACACUUUUUAUCUGCACACAUAGUCAUGACCUCUUUUUAUUUCUGUGAAUGUGUUUAGACUUUUCUUUCAAGCUGUAUCAUCUACUUGAUUUCUCUUCAUUUAUUAGCUAUUUUGUUAGUUAUAGUUUGAAGAGCAGGAAGAAUAGCUUUCUAGACAUGUAUUUUUGUUUUGUUCAAAAUUAACCUCAGCAUUUUAUGUAGUUGUUAGUCUGUAUAAUAAUGUGAAGCAAGGGUACACAGUGUACAUAAAAGCACUUUUCCUCCCUUUUCAUAAUGGUUCAGUUCAUUGCCUUGUGAGAAACUAGAAAAAUGUCCCUGAAUCUGUUACCCUAUCUACUUUUAAAGACUGCACUUUUGUAUCAAAUUCCUGCUAGGAGAGGUAUGAUGUUCACAUGUAAUGGCAGAAGUUCUGAAAGACUAGCAGAUAUGGUCCUCUUUUAUGUCAUGACCAUUUUACUGGAAGUAUUCGCACAGACUAUUGAACAAGCUUUUGUUUCAAGCUGUAAUAUGGGAAUUUAAUCUUUGAAUGAUUGACUAGAUUUUCUGAUGGACUACAUUUGUUUCUUUUUAACUUUUAAUUUAUCCCCUCUAAAGAGUGAAACAGGGUGUUUAAGAAUGAUAAUUGAUUGCACACACCACUUUAGACUGAUGUGAAUGUAGGAAACGCUGGUGCUUGUGAGAACCUGAAUGUGGGGUUAUUGAUUCCCAUUUAAUUGAUAUGCGUGGGCAAACUGGCCACACUGGAUGUUAUUGUGUAAUCCUGUAGGGAAAUAAGGUUUCAAGCUAGCAAUGGUAUGUAGCUUUUCUCUCAUUCUCAGCAGAAGCACUCAACUAUAGAUGCUUCUGUUCACUGACACUGGAACUUAACUAGCUAAUGAACAGACAAUGUGUACUCUUUAAUGUCAUAAUUUUUUAGAACUGACUAUGUUCAUUUUUACCUGACAUUGUCUCAAGAUGAACCUGUGACGGACAGCACUAUUGUUGAACACUACAUCUGAUUACUUUGACAGUAUCCGCUUAAACAUGUAACUUCUCUUUGGUACCCAAUCUGACUCAUAUCAGAGAAACUGCUCUCUGGCUUGUACCUAACCCUCUAAGUGUGUAACUACCUGUGCAAUGUUAUUUACCAGGCUAUAAACCACGACUGUGUAUACAUUUAA